CGCAAAAGCUUCGGGAACAAGAAAAAACGACGAACCCGCGGGUAGCCCGGUAGAGCCUUCCAGCGACCACUGUUUUCAGAUUGGUAGUCAAUAAAAAGCGGCCGUUGGAAAAGGAGGAAAAAAAACGGUGGAGGGGGAGGAGCCGGGGGAUCGAGUGGCGGCAUGCCCACUUCCUGAUUUUCGACAUAUUUGUCCGUGCGGUUGGGGGUCAGUGAUCUAAUGCAGAAACCGUCCGAAAGCAUGGCUACACCUUUUAUUGCAGGAAUCGCCGUUGCUACUGUUGCACUUGCAGGCAGAUAUGGAGUGCAAGCUUGGCAAGCAUUCAAAGCCCGGCCAGCCACACCUCGAAUCCGAAAGUUUUAUGGUGGAGGCUUUGAAACUACGAUGACAAGAAGGGAAGCUGCUCUUAUUCUUGGAGUUCGGGAAAGUGCUACUGUGGAGAAAGUUAAGGUAGCACACAGAAAGGUGAUGGUUGCAAACCAUCCAGAUGCAGGUGGCAGCCAUUUUCUUGCUUCAAAAAUAAAUGAGGCGAAAGAUAUUAUGCUUGGAAAGACGAAGGGAAGUGGGUCUGCAUUUUGAUAGUCAUGGACCCUUGGACUUGCUCUUCUCAGUCUGCAGGAUUAUGCUGAAGGGAAUUGCCUUUGGUUGUUCGAUCAAUAUGGUACUAGUUAGGAUGAUACUGAUAAAUGAACAAGACCUGUGUGCUGCCACUGACGGUUACAUUUCAGUUGCAAUUGCAAUUGCAUUACUCCUUUGUAAAAGAUUAAGGGUGUACCCCUCAAUCAAUCAAUUACUCCUUUUUUAAAUAUUUGUAUGAAACAGCUAUGUAUCAUCGCUCCAAAUUUGUAUGAUCUGAGAAAGAUUGAGAUGGUGUUUCUUGAACGCCGGACCGGAUUUAGCAAUGUAAUGAUAGUUGCUGGAGCUUACUUCCCAACUUUUUAUGGCAUAUGGUGGUCAUUUCUGUGAAAUAAAGUCAGCAGAUUUGAUAUU